AUGGCUUCUCCUCAAAUUGGCUGGAUCGGCCUGGGGUCAAUGGGUCUUCCAAUGGCAACAAAUCUCCAGAAACAUCUAAGUUCAACAGGGAUUACAAAUAUGAUUUAUUUUAAUCGCACUAUUUCCCGUGGUGAUUCUCUCAAGGAUAUUGGUGCCCAACCCGCAUCAACAGCUAGAGACCUUGUUGAUAACUCCGACAUUAUCUUCAUGUCUCUGAGUGAUGACUCCGCCUUGGAGGCAACCCUGGAUGCAAUCAUUGAUACAAAAUUAUCCAGUCAACUAACGGGGAAGCUUAUCGUCGAUACGUCAACGGUUCACCCUGACUCUUCCGCAAAGGCAGAGACCAGGAUUCAAGAAAAAGGAGGACGGUUUAUCGCCUCACCAGUCUUUGGUGCAAGUCCUGUUGCAGCACAGGGAAAGCUCUUGUGGAUCAUUGCUGGACCAAACGAUGCUGUUGAUAAGAUCACCCCAUAUGUUGAAGGGGUUAUGGGAAGGGGUGUUAUCGGGGUUGGGGAGGACGUGAGAGCAUCUGGCAAGAUGAAAACGGCAGGAAACUUUAUAACAGCUGGUUUCAUGGAAAUAAUCGCUGAAGCGCAUGUGCUAGCCGAAAAGUCCGGUCUCGGCAGUGAGAAUCUAGAAGCCUUGAUCGAGCAGCAAUACGGACCUCUGCCAUUCUCAAUGUCACAACGUUUGACAACUGGAGCAUACAUGCCAGCGAGAGGCGACAGGCCGUGGUCCGAUCUAAACCUGGCCAUCAAGGACGUGGGCCAUGGAAUUACUCUUGCAGAACAGUCUGGAGCCAAGUUGGAGGUUGCAGAAGUUGCUAUUAAGCAUCUGAAGGAUGCAAAGAAGUUUUCUGAUUCUGAAAAACGGCCACUCGAUUCGUCGUCUAUGUAUGGAAUAUUACGACAAGAAGCCGGGAUGCCAUUUGAGACGAAGUUGAUCAAGGAACGAGAUUCUGCCGGGGUUGCUAAGAAGAAGUGA